GGGUAACCACAGUCCCAGUUCUUUUGCUCAUGGGAGAUAUUUUACAUUGACCCCCCCCCAGAAACAAUGCACGAGCUGGAAACCUAAUUUGCUUGCAACAUGUUGUCCCUAAGUCCCUGCACAUAGGACACAGCUGAGCAGCAAAAUGGAUCAAACAGUUUGAUUCAGGAAAAAUACCCUCCGAUUUCUCCUGCCCUGUAUUUAUUGUUGUCAAUUCCUAACCCCGGGUUGGUGCAGGAGUUUUGCUGUUCCUUCAGGGCAGAAGGUUCUUAAUUACACUGAUUUCCCUGUGGGCAACCCUUCUAUCAGAGUGCAGAAUGGGUCUCGCUAGCCGAGGUCGGCUGAAGUCUGGUUAGUGACGGUCUGGAGAUGUCUGAGAAAAGGAGAGGAAGCGGCAGGCGUUAGGACUCAGGGGAAAUCUCUCGUCUCUGUCUCUCUCUCCCCCUCCCCCUGCUCUCCCACCCCCUUCUUCAAUCAGUUUGUGCUACUCAUCAGAUCAGGAUAGCAGCUUCAGCGUGGAGAUACAUCUCCAACUCUCUGAUGUACCAAUGCAGGGGAUAUUUGCCAGGCACACAGAGAGCCAGCUGCACUGCUACAGCGGGAAGGGAAUGUGAACUCAAAUAAAGAAUGAACCGGAUUGCCACUAUUGUCUUUCUGGUGCAGCUGUUGCAAAGAGCAGAGGGGCAGGUCUUCCCAGGUGGUUGUUCCUUUGAUGAACACUACAGUAACUGUGGUUAUAGCGUGGCACUGGGGACCAAUGGAUUUACCUGGGAGCAGCUCAACACCUGGGAAAAGCCAACGAUGGAUCCUGCUGUCCCGACUGGUUCCUUCAUGAUGGUGAAUAGCUCUGGCCGGGCAUCUGGGCAGAAAGCUCACUUGCUGUUGCCCACCUUGAAGGAAAAUGACACUCACUGCAUCGACUUUCAUUACUACCUGUCUAGCAGAGACCGCUCCAGCCCUGGCUCGUUGAAUGUCUACGUCAAGGUUAAUGGUGGACCACAGGGCAACCCCAUCUGGAAUGUGUCGGGGAUUGUUACUGAAGGUUGGGUGAAGGCAGAGCUUGCCAUCAGUACAUUCUGGCCACACUUUUAUCAGGUGAUAUUUGAAUCCGUGUCUUUGAAGGGACAUCCGGGGUACAUAGCAGUGGAUGAAGUCAGAGUCCUUGCCCAUCCAUGCAGAAAAGCGCCUCACUUCCUGCGGCUGCAGAAUGUGGAGGUCAAUGUGGGACAGAAUGCAACAUUCCAGUGCAUCGCCGGGGGGAAGUGGUCUCAGCACGACAAACUCUGGCUCCAGCAGUGGAAUGGAAGGGACACCGCGUUAAUGGUCACCAGGGUGGUCAACCACAGACGGUUUUCUGCUACAGUAAGUGUAGCAGACACCUCUCAGCGCAGCAUCAGCAAAUACCGGUGUGUCAUUCGCUCGGAUGGUGGCUCUGGUGUUUCAAACUAUGCGGAAUUAAUUGUGAAAGAACCUCCCACGCCCAUUGCACCCCCUGAACUGCUGGCUGUCGGCGCCACCUAUCUGUGGAUCAAACCCAACGCCAAUUCUAUCAUCGGAGAUGGGCCUAUAAUACUGAAGGAGGUGGAAUACCGUACAACCACGGGGAACUGGGCAGAAACCCACAUCGUAGACUCCCCAAAUUACAAACUGUGGCACCUGGACCCUGAUGUGGAGUAUGAGAUCAGAGUUCUCCUCACCCGCCCUGGUGAAGGGGGCACGGGGCCCCCUGGGCCUCCACUCACGACAAGAACAAAAUGUGCAGAUCCAGUCCAUGGACCACAGAGUGUGGAAGUUGUUGACAUCCGCUCCCGGCAGCUGACCUUGCAAUGGGAGCCCUUUGGUUACGCAGUGACCCGUUGCCACAGCUACAACCUAACAGUCCAGUACCAGUACGUGUUUAACCAGCAGAAGUACGAGGCAGAAGAACUCAUCCAGACAUCCUCACAUUAUACCUUGCGAGGCCUUCGGCCCUUCAUGACCAUCCGGUUGAGGCUAGCACUGUCUAAUCCAGAGGGCAAAAUGGAAAGUGAGGAGCUGGUGGUACAGACUGAAGAGGAUGUUCCUGGACCUGUUCCCCUAGAAUCUAUCCAAGGAGGACCCUUUGAAGAAAAGAUCUAUGUUCAGUGGAAGCCUCCAAAUGAGACCAAUGGUAUCAUUACACUUUAUGAGAUUACAUACAAAGCUGUUGGGUCCUUGGAUCCCAGUGCUGACUUAUCCAGCCAGAGGGGAAAGAUCUUCAAACUAAGGAAUGAAACUCACCACCUCUUUGUAGGGUUAUAUCCAGGGACUACCUAUUCGUUCACCAUCAAAGCCAGCACAGUGAAGGGCUUCGGACCUCCCAUCACAACACGUAUCGCAACUAAAAUUUCAGCACCAUCUAUGCCUGAAUACGACACGGACUCCCCCUUGAAUGAGACUGACACUACCAUCACAAUCAUGUUGAAACCUGCUCAGUCCCGUGGAGCACCUGUCAGUGUCUAUCAGCUUGUUGUCAAGGAAGAGAGGCUGCAGAAAGCACGAAGGGCUGCAGACAUCAUUGAGUGCUUCUCUGUUCCAGUGAGCUACAAGAAUGCUUCCAGCCUUGACUCACCCCAUUACUUUGCGGCCGAGCUGAAGCCCAUCAAUCUGCCCAUCACGCAGCCCUUUACAGUGGGCGACAACAAGACCUACAAUGGCUAUUGGAAUGCUCCACUCUCACCACUGAAAAGCUACAGCAUCUACUUCCAGGCUCUCAGCAAAGCGAAUGGAGAGACCAAAAUCAACUGUGUCCGACUGGCGACAAAAGCAGUACUAGGUAGGCAACAGGUGACCACACGAAACCCGCCCAGCCUCUUGAGCACAGGAGCUUCCACCCAGAAUUCCAAUGCAGUGGAGCCCGAAAAGCAAGCUGACAACACGGUGAAAAUGGCUGGGGUUAUAGCUGGCCUUCUGAUGUUUGUUAUUAUCCUCUUAGGAGCAAUGCUUACUAUCAAAAGGAGAAGAAAUGCAUAUUCCUACUCCUAUUACUUGAAACUAGCGAAGAAGCAGAAGGAGACUCAAAGCAGCACUCAGAGAGAGAUGGGUCCCGUUGCUACUUCAGACAAGAACACCACCAAACUCAGUGCAGUUCACAAUGAAGAAGCUUUUUCUUCCAGCUGUCAAGAUGUUAAUGGAUUCACAUCAUCCUCUCCUUGUUCAUUUUCUGUCCAAAGCAAAACCCUUCAGAGCAAAUCUUUGUUGAAUUCCUACUACUCAGUAUCAUCAGACACUGUUCCAUCGACUGCGCUGCUAGAGAGCAGCCACGGGGAGAUGACCCAGCCAACUCUGACCAUCCAGACCCAUCCGUACAGGAGCUGUGAGCCAGUGGAAAUGUCCUACCCCAGGGGGCAGUUCCAACCAGCCAUCCGAGUGGCCGACUUGCUACAGCACAUCACCCAGAUGAAACGAGGACAAGGCUAUGGAUUUAAAGAGGAAUAUGAGGCUCUACCCGAGGGGCAGACGGCAUCUUGGGAUACAGCCAAGGAAGAUGAAAACCGCAAUAAGAAUAGAUAUGGGAACAUCAUCUCCUAUGAUCAUUCAAGAGUGAGACUACAGCUGUUGGAUGGAGACCCUCACUCAGACUACAUAAACGCCAACUACAUAGAUGGAUACCACCGGCCUCGUCACUACAUUGCAACUCAAGGUCCUAUGCAAGAGACGGUUAAGGAUUUCUGGAGAAUGAUUUGGCAGGAGAAUUCUGCAAGUGUUGUCAUGGUCACCAACCUGGUGGAAGUUGGCAGGGUGAAAUGUGUUAGAUACUGGCCAGAUGACACAGAGAUCUACGGAGAUAUUAAAGUCACAUUAAUUGAGACAGAGCCAUUGGCAGAGUACGUCAUACGUACGUUUACUGUACAAAAGAAAGGCUACCAUGAGAUCCGAGAGAUUCGUCAGUUCCACUUUACCAGCUGGCCAGACCAUGGGGUUCCUUGCUAUGCCACAGGCCUCUUGGGCUUUGUUCGGCAGGUGAAGUUCCUCAAUCCGCCUGAGGCGGGGCCUAUAGUUGUGCAUUGCAGCGCUGGUGCUGGAAGGACAGGGUGCUUUAUUGCCAUUGACAUCAUGCUUGACAUGGCGGAGAAUGAAGGUGUCGUAGACAUAUUUAACUGUGUGCGAGAGCUACGAUCCCAGAGGGUCAAUUUGGUACAGACAGAGGAGCAGUAUGUCUUUGUACAUGAUGCCAUUCUAGAGGCAUGUCUCUGUGGCAACACAGCAAUUCCGGUUUGUGAGUUCCGAUCCAUAUAUUACAACAUCAGCAGACUGGAUCCACAGACAAAUUCCAGCCAGAUAAAAGAUGAAUUUCAGACCCUCAACAUUGUGACGCCGCGUGUUCGGCCAGAAGACUGCAGCAUUGGCCUCUUACCCAGAAACCAUGACAAAAAUCGCUGCAUGGAUGUGCUGCCCUUGGACCGGUGCCUCCCUUUCCUUAUCUCUGUGGAUGGCGAAUCGAGCAACUACAUCAACGCUGCACUCAUGGAUAGCCACAAGCAACCCGCUGCCUUUAUUGUUACCCAGCACCCUUUGCCCAACACCGUACCAGAUUUCUGGAGGCUGGUGUUUGAUUACAACUGCUCCUCCAUAGUGAUGCUGAACGAGAUGGAUGCUGCACAGCUCUGCAUGCAGUACUGGCCAGAGAAAACGUCCUGUUGUUAUGGUCCAAUCCAGGUGGAGUUUGUUUCAGCAGACAUUGAUGAGGAUAUCAUCAAUAGGAUAUUCCGGAUCUGCAACAUGGCCAGGCCCCAGGAUGGAUAUCGUAUAGUACAGCAUUUGCAGUACAUUGGCUGGCCAGCAUACCGGGACACACCUCCAUCCAAACGCUCCCUCCUGAAGGUGGUCAGACGGCUAGAGAAAUGGCAGGAGCAGUACGAUGGGAGAGAUGGACGCACUGUUGUCCACUGCCUGAAUGGUGGUGGACGCAGUGGCACCUUCUGUGCCAUCUGCAGCGUGUGUGAAAUGAUUCAGCAGCAAAAUAUCAUUGACGUGUUCCACAUAGUGAAGACGUUACGGAAUAACAAAUCCAAUAUGGUGGAGUCACUGGAACAAUAUAAAUUUGUAUACGAGGUUGCACUGGAAUAUUUGAGUUCAUUUUAGCCUAGCAGAGACGGGGGCCUAUUGGAUUCUAGACCCCCAAGUCUGAAGAACACUUUUUUCCCCGCACUAAAGGGCAGUAAUGGGUGUGGGGAGAGCCAGGCUCUCCACACUGAAGCAAGGGUCAGAGUGUACUGACCUCAAUGCCAUUGGGAGGACGAGGUGAUCCCUGUGUUUGCUGCUGCCUGCUUUCUAUUGGAGCAUCUACUGCUUCUUCCUAGCGUACAAAUUGGCUAAACAGGAGACCGGCUGGAAGACUCUGCUUUCUAAUUCCCUCCAACCUCUUCUCUACCACUUUGGAUGUGUAUUUUUGCUCUCCUUGAUACAAAGGGAAAAAAAUACUGGAAUAUUCUGUCUUUUAAACAGCUCCUUUUUCUGUUCUCAAAUCCCACCCUUUAAUUUUUGAAUGUCAUGCAUCAGCCAUUUGGAAAAAUGAGAGAACCACAGGGAUCAUGUGAGACUUUUGGUUACAAUUAAUCCACCUGACCUAUUUUUUUCAAGUGAAAAUGCCAUCAACGAGAAGUUGAAAUUCUCUUCCCCUUUCCUGUUCUCCCUAGACAUAAGACUAGGUGGUGGUAUUGGAAAGCUGUUCAUGGAUUCGCUGCACCAACACUACACAAGCUUUUCCUUCCAGAUCCUGCUUGACUUCCAAGACUGUGCAUGAACUGGUUACAUCUCUCUGAUUCAUGUUAGUGUCCCGGCUGGUGAAGCAAAUAAUAAAAAAAUGGCUUUCACAGCCAUUUGAGCAAACAAA